CGCUUCGAACGUCAUUAAGGUUCUACAGAGAAUGCACCUCCCCACGCAAGGCAGGAACGUAAAGGAAGUAAAGGAGCGUGGGAGUGGCUACACGUCAGCGCCGAACACGUGUCGUUGUGUUCCCGCGUUAUGAAGUCCCGAGAACAAAAAACAAAAACGAAAACAAAAAGCACAGUGUGGUUCAAAACAACAGUGCAACGGUCCAAGGACUUCGCUACCGUAGCGAACUUUCUUUCCCCUGCCUACAACCUCAAGAGAGGCCUAAGCCGCCUCAGCCCGUCUGGGCGCUAGUUUGCAUUGUGACCUAGGAAGGUGUUACUCGGAAGGCAACGGUGCGCCCCGUUGCAAAACGACGUAGCCGGAGAGCGAGUGUUUGUGCAGAGAGGGGGGAGGGAGGGGGCUGCGCGGGGCCGACAGGGCAGCGGGGCGGCCAGGCCCUCCAGCAAGCGCCGCCGGAUUUUGGGAACAGCCUGGCAGGAGGGGGCCCGCUCGAAGGGCGGCGGCGGCUGCUCGGCUCCCGCCAUGGGGGUGACCGUGGAGGCGCGCAACGUUUACAGAUACCCCUUCGAGCAGGUAGUGGCCAGCUACCUCCGUAAGUAUCCAAGUCCCAUGGAGAAGCAUGUCACGGCUGUAAAAACGGUAGAAGAAAAAACAGAUAUGUCUACAGGGAUCAUAUACCGGAGGAGGAUUGCAACAUGCCAGAAUGUAAUUCCACACUUCUUAAGACAGAUCAGUUGCCUGAAAGUGCCCGAGGUCUACCUAGAAGAAGAAUCUUGGCUUAAUAACCAGGAUAGAGUUAUGUCUAUGAAGACUCGGUGCCUCACAUGGACACAGUAUGCUACUCUAAAGGAAGAGUCAGUCUUCAGGGAAAGUUCGGAAAAUCCAAACUGGACAGAGUUCAUUCAGAAUGGCAAAGUAUCAAUAAGAGGGUCAGGUCUACUGAAUUGUUUCCUGGAAGUUUUUGCCCGAACCUAUUUAAAUCAAGGAGUGAAAAGGGGUGUUACGAUAAUGGAGAAACUUCUACAAGAACAGUUUGGGAGCCCCUUCUAGUAAUGAGGAAAUGAGGAGAAGUCUCCAUGUGUCUAAAGUAGAACCACAGCAAUAUGUCCUCAUUACCAGGCCUGCUUCUUGCUGAAGUUAACUUUAUGGGUUAGAUUAACGAAUAAGGAAAGACUCAGUUGAAGGAAGACAAUCGCCUACAAACUAAGCAGCAUAUGUGGAAUGGCACAACUUAAAAUCUGUGAACCAGUGUGAUCAUGGUGAACGAAAGUGUGAUUUGGAAAAAUACAUCACUGUGUAGUUGCACUUUAAUCUCCCAUAUACUAAUCAUCAAAAAGACUCCCCCCCCCUGGCAAAAACACACACAUAGUCUAUGGAGAGACUAUCAGCCAAAAGGAACAAGAUUUUACUCUUGUUUUAAUACAUGGUCCGUUGUUCAGGGCAGAGAAUCUAUUCCACAGCAGGACAACUGAAAUGGAGACAUUUUAUUAACAGGUACUGUGAAUCUAUAUCUCAUGAAGACUACAUGAACUGCAAGAUUAUAUUAGUUUCAAAAUUCUUGUAUUAUGCAAAUACCAUUCUUUAAAACCCCCAAAAUGCUAUUAAUGCAUCACCAGUUUGCCAAUGUGCCCCUCUAAAAUGUGAACUGUUGCCAAACCUUGCUAGUUUUUAAAGCUUGCAAAAGCGUCUCAGAAUCUUUAUUAAUGCUGAAUUCCAGUGGUAGCCCUCUUUAAAAAGAUGGAAAACUUGUUUAGUCUUUCAGUGCUUAUAACUAGGUAAUUGACAUCUAAUUAAGUGGUAAGUUGACAUAAGGGCUCAGGUUUUUGUUUCUUUCUUGAACAUUUUUGGUGAUGUUUUUUUUAAAAAAAAAAAUGUGUGUGUACACCAUUUCUAUCUUCAGAAAUGAAAUGUUACUUGAAUACCCUUUUCUGAAAUAAAGGAGAACUCACACUAGAUUUGCAAAUUACUAAUAAUGCAUAAUGUGUGCCACAAUGCUAAUAAGAAGUACUUAAAUGUCUGCAUAUAUAAAAAGAUUCCUUUUUAUUUGCACAAAAUGUUGUCAGUGUUAUACAUUGGAUGAAGUGCUGGGAGGACAAUUAAUAACCGCGAUCUUGUAACUCCUCUGCACCGGAUAGACAUUGUAAACAUGAUAUGGUCUGCUGGGUGAUGCUUAGGUACACAUUCAGUGUUAGAAAUAUUUAAGUCUUGGUUAAAUAAAAUACGUUCUGGAGCAGUAGGGAGGAUUAUGUUGUUUUGACAUAAAACCAUGUCCUUUUCAACCUUGUCACCUGCAGUUUUAUGGCUGAGAUUGCUGGAGCAGUCUGGAUUAAAUUUAGAUUUACCCGGCACAGCAGUUAUGUCAGGUCAUUUUUAAUUCAUUUCCUUUAGCAAUGAGCCAGCCUAACCAGUCAUUUGAACAGCUAUUUGACAGCUGGCUAAUGGGACUGAAAAGUGUGCCAACUGCCCUGCUGGCUGCCUCCCUUUCUUGCUCCCUAUCGCUAAGCACGUUGGAAGCAAGAAGAGGGAAAAUAGACACGUGUUUCCAAGCCUUCUCAGUGCUGAGAAGCAACUGCGCCCUUAAGAAGGAAGGAUCUAAACAUCUGUGAUGCAAGUGUUAAAAUA